AAAUUGUCAAAGUCAGCGUAGUAGAAAAUAGCUAACCUACUCUUUGAGUCACCGAGUAAUUUGUGAAAACCAUUUUUUAAGACUAAAUGAAAUUAAAUAACACGGUUACUAAUACAUAUAAUUAGUAAAACGAUCUGAUGAGCAAUAUUUACAGUUUAGGUAGUUAUUAGAGGUCCGUAGAAGUUAAUUUCUUGAUUGGUAGUGAGCGCCGGUGAAAUUGUGAUCAUGGCGAAUCCGUCAUCAGGCGUUGUGGUUCCGAGAAAUUUUCGUCUUCUAGAAGAACUUGAGCAAGGUCAGAAGGGAGUGGGCGAUGGAACAAUUUCUUGGGGUCUCGAAAGUGAUGAUGACAUGACCCUGACUCACUGGACUGGGAUGAUAAUUGGACCUCCCAGGACUCCAUAUGAAAAUAGGAUGUAUUCUCUUAAAGUUGAAUGUGGCACUCGGUACCCUGAUGAGCCUCCCACUGCUAGAUUUAUCUCUAGAAUUAACAUGAACUGUGUUAACAGCCAGACUGGACUUGUGGACAAUAGGCAAGUCCCGAUUCUUGCUAGAUGGCAGCGCGAUUUUACCAUCAAGACAGUGCUGCAAGAACUGAGACGUCUCAUGACUCUAAAGGAAAAUAUGAAGCUUUCUCAGCCCCCAGAGGGAAGCACUUUUUAGUAUUUUCCGGAAUGUCUCAUUGACCCAAUCUGCUCCAUACUUUGCUAAAUUAUAGUUAACAUACACAUAUAUUCAUAUACUUUUAAACGUGUCCAGUAAACUGUAAUCAUUACAGCAGCAUAACCUAUAAUGCUCUGGCUACCAUGGUUUGAAGUUUCUGUCAUGCAUUUAUUGUAAUAUUGUAUUAUCAGAUAGCAAACUGUUUGCUUUAAGUCUAAUGUAUAGUUUAGUGGAUUGGGUGAAAUAUAAUUAUUAUCUUGAAAGAUUUCACUUUAUAAAGAUGGCUCUUAAUUACCUAUUUAGUGGGUAACACCCAUUUAUUUAUCACUACCUAAAUUAUUGUGGCCUUUUAAAGUCAAACUUGCUUUUUGUAUGAUUAUAUUUAGACUUUUCUUAUUUUCAGUGGAGUGGUUUGAUGCCUACACUUGAAUGUACAAGUAUGGUUUCAAAUGUAGGUAAUGGACUAAAUGAAUAAAAAUAUUUCUAUUAAAAAUAUAAUCACAGGAUUAAGUUUAAAUAAAGAAAUACUAUUUCAUUUUCUUAGUUUAAAGUCAAGUGUAAUUUUUUAGGAAAUCUUUAUUUGUUAGAGGAAUAACCUAAAGUUCUACUACUGUUUUAUUAUAAGGCUUUGCAUCAUAAUUUAAAUGUUCUCACAAAAUAAAUCCAUUGGUUAAUAGAUUUCUUAUAAACCACAUAGCUUAUUUAAUAUAAGAAUAUUACAGUAGAUUCCUUUUAAGAACAUAAUAACCGCUGUGUGAUUUGAUUGUAACAAAACCAAAAUGUUAAGUCAAAUUGUUUCAUAACAUUAAUGUUUUUACCAAUGUAUAACUAGCAAAGGUAAAUAAAUCAAACAAUACUGUCA